ACUCUGAUCCCGUAGUGAGGAAAAUCGAUUUCAGACCGCGACUGAGUUCCGACGUGUUCACUUGCAAAUAUUGUUGUGAUAAUUGUUUGUGUCGUGUUAUAUCAAUUCGAUAAAUGGUGUUCUUCGGUAUGCGGUUGACGUGAGAUGGACGGUAUUCAAAUGGAGCCAAUUGGAAAAUAUAAGUCAGAUAGAAACGGCUCAGCUAAAGCAGCUGCCUGGAGAAACAUGGUUGAUCAAGAUCUGGACGAUGUGGCGUUUUUGGCAGAUACAGAUAAAGCCCGCGAGGCCAGGGAACUUGGUGACACGCCGGUGGCUGUAUGCUCACAGCGCAGGGCGUUAUGUCUCGCUGGUCUGGUCUUCUCGGCAAUGUUUGUGAUUGCACUACUUGUGGUUUAUGCUACACCACAACCGGAUUGCCCUUGUACGACUGAAAACAUUCUUGUUCCCGGACAAGUGCCAACAGAAUCUGAUGAGAACUCCACGAUUAUUAAUAAAGAGCGCAUAGCAACAAAUGGAAUGGUAUUUCCAUGGCGUGGGGCGAGGUUGCCGACUUCUGUCAUACCCAAACAUUACAGUCUGUGGCUUCAUCCCAACCUUACCACUGGCGAAAUGAAGGGUGAAGUCUCAAUAGAUUUCAAGGUAGAUCGGGAUACAAUGUUCGUGGUGCUUAAUCUUCACGACAUGAAUGUAACAGAGAGGGCGCUCUUCAAAGGCGGGACUAUUGGGCCUAAAAUCGUCAAGGCUUUGGACUUUCCUCCAGCUGAGCAAACAUAUAUUGAGUUUAAGGAAAAACUCCGCCGCAAGUAUAACUACACGCUAAGCCUUCGAUUUGUCACGAAGUUGGAUAGAAGUGACAAGUUGCGAGGUUUCUUUUUAACAGGCUCGCAUAGACAUCGCUGUGCAAUAUCUCGUCUUUGGUUGACACACGCCCGUUCAGUCUUCCCGUGCUUCGACGAGCCAUAUCUUCGGGCCACAUUCAAGCUGACAAUUGUCAGAGAUCGAUUCCACGUGUCGCUGACCAAUAUGCCAAUCGUCGCAACAGAAGAGGCUGGAUUUUAUCUAGGACAUAGACUUCUACAAGACGUAUUUGCCACCACCCCACCGAUGUCGCCGCAUAUGAUAUCACUAACUGUAUGCCGAUUGCAACGCCGUUCUGCACCUCUUCUAGAAGCAACGAGUGUACCGGAAGAUUUAGAAGAACCACCACCUGAAAUUAGUUUGUACAGUGACCGACAGGUUAUUUUGGACGAAUCUGGGCCGCUCUUAGAAUGGAUACAAAGGACUAUUCAUUUAUACUCAUACGAAUUGAAUACCUCGUAUCCGCUGCCUAAAUUUGACAUAGUCGUGGUCGAGACCAACAGUCUGUAUUCUGAAGGUUGGGGGCUCAUAACGCUAUCUCCAGCGACCCUCACUGACACAAAGGUCAUCGCCAGAUUAUUGGCUCAGCAGUGGUUCGGUGGUCUUGUCUCCCCACGAUGGUGGAGUUCCCAAUGGCUCAUGGAGGCGCUGACCUCAGUCCUCGGAGAGAAGGCACCGGCAUUUGGUGCUGUCACUGAAAGGCAGGAGGAUGCUCUAUUGCUGGACCAUGUGUUGCCAGCUUUAACGCUUGACUCCAGUACGUCAGUACGAGCUGUUGCUUCACCGAGACUCGAACGGGCUGACAUAGAAUCAACGACUGAUGAUCUAUCGUUACACAAGGGUGCUGCAAUAGUAAGCAUGGCGAUAGAAGCGGCCGGCGUGUCAGCUGGACGAGCUGCACUGGCUCGUUUACUGCGAGAUCACCGCACUGCUAGCGCUGAUGCUCGUGACCUUUGGCGCGCACUACAACAAGAGGGCGGCGGGGAGUCCCCAGAAAACGCGUGGGAUGGAUGGUGCGAACGCGCAGGAUAUCCGCUAGUCAGCGCUACUGCCGCUUCCAAUGACGUCAUUAUUCGCCAGGAGAGGUUCGUGAUGUCAGCAGACCCACCGAACCCUGAUCCACCAUUCAGAAACCACCUCCUCACCUUCCACCUACGAGCGGAACUGGAUGAACUUUUCUAUGAACCUGAAAACUUCACAGAAGCAAUAGAAGAAGACGUAAACGCAACCACAACGACAUCGACGACAACCAAACGACCCACGACCGUCAAAACAACCAAACCACCCCCAGGACCCAAAUGGAUAAUCCCACUUACCUUCAGCGUGGGACCAAUAAUGGAAGAAGAGCCGAAAUUGUGGAAAAACGGGACAGACUUGCAGAACGGGACAUGGUACGACAUUAUAAACGAGACGAAAACCAUAUCAAAAUGGUCGGAAAAUGUCACUUAUUUAGUAUGGAUGAAUGAUACUGAAAUGGUAAUCCCCGAUUUGGGAAAACACAAAUGGGUGAGAUACAACGUGGGAGCGAGAGGGCUGUAUCGUGUUGCCCCUCAGGACCAACCCGGAGAGUCAGCUGAGACCUCGGCCACCCGCGCUGCGAUAUUAUUCGACUCUGGUGCAGCCUCAGAGCGAGCUUUACUUCUUGACGAUGCCUUCGUCUUGAGUCGAGCGCGACGUUUGCCAGCUAGCAGAGCUAUCGCUGCCGCAGCUCGUCUUCGCAUAGAACACCACUGGGCCGUAUGGCAAGUUGUGAUGAAGCACCUCUCCCAGUGGCGAGAGCUACUCCAGGUAUCAGCAUCUGCACCAUACCUCCACGAGCUGCUCAGUACAUUGCCUCAAGAGAUUACAUUAUACAGUAACAAGGAAAUUGAUGAAGGACGUUUAAGUGAAGAUCAGCUAUGGCUUAGUGGCGCUCUUCUAACAGCGGGUGUCGAAUGGGGCAAUGACAACGUGUCGAAUCAGGCUUUAGAAUUGUUCGAUGCUUGGAUUAAUAGCAAUGAGAGUAUACCGGAGAUAUAUCAAGAGGCAGCGUUCACAGCAGGUGUUCGCAGAAUGGGUGAAGUUGCGUGGCGUGCCUGCUGGAAAGCGUUGGUGUCUUCAUAUUCAGCUCCACGGCCCUUAUAUUCCCACCGUGCGUUGCUCGCAGCAUUAGCAUCACCCACUGAUGACUGGCUUUUAUACAGAUUCGCGUACACGGUGAUGUCGAGUGAAGCGCAACGUGGCAGGGAGUGGAAUACUUGGGCAACUGCAUUAUGCGCUGGACUUUGUCGAUGGCGCGGAGCGGCAGGAGUUUGGCGCGUAUUAAACAAUUCACCACUGCCACCCUCCGCCUUACACGCGGCUGCAAGAUGUCUUUAUGAACCGGCUGAUUAUUUUAGAUUCAAAGAUCUGUUUGGUGAUCAGCACGGCGCAAGCGCGGCAUUAGACACGAUCGCCCUAAACUCUGCGUGGGUCGCAAAGGCUGAUAGCGAUCUACUAAGAUACUUCCAGGCAAUGCAAAAAACUUAGAUAUCCUCUUACAUAUGAUUUAUUUACGUUACUAACUGACUCCAAAUCAGUACGCUCACACUGUAACUUCGAUUCCGAUUCAAAAAUUGAUUCCAGGUUCAUCAUUACAUUGAUGUAAUACUAUUUUUUUAAUGAUUAUGCGAUUGGGAAAAAACAAUCUUCACGAGGUUUAAGAGAAUUCUCUCUAAAGUUAUGUACACAAUAAAUAUAUAAAUAUGAACGUAAUAAACGAUGCGCCAACAAUGACACUUAACAACGUUUGUACUUGUAACGAAGUGGUAGGACCCAAAGCGGUGAUUUCUACAUCUUAUCUAUUUCUCGUAUUACAAUUUUAUCGAGUUAAUAAGGUAUUUAAUUUUAAAUAUACAGUAUUUAUACUGUUAUCAAUACAUAGAAAUAUUAAUAAUUACAAAUUGAUAAAUAGAAAAUUAAAACAAAUUUUAAAAAGUUUGGUCCCUGUGGCAGUGUCGAUGGCAACAUUGCAUGGCAGAAAAACACCAGCUCUGGCCACUACCAGGUGCCAGUACAAUUAACAUUUCAAAUGAAAGAUUUCAAAAGAAAGCCCACGCCAAAGGAGUGGGGGGGGGCUAGUGCCUCUUCUUUACUUAAAUAUCCUUUUUAUCGUGUAUAAUAAAGUUGAUUUUUAUUUGUUACAAUUAAUUUACUAUUUGUUUAGUUUAUGCUGUCAAUAAGUUCUAUUUUGAUUUUAAAAUUGGAUGCUAAUGUCAUUCGAACUCGAUUUCAUAUCCAUACAGUUAUCAUAACUGAUGCCGUAAAGCAGUGUUUCGCGACGUGGGUCUCACGCCCCACAGGGGGUCAAUUUGAUUGUUACAAUCGUAAUCGGCCGGAUAUAACACAACGUGGAGAAACCUGAAGCAAACCUAAGCUCUGUGCAGCAAGCAUCAAGCGCAAGAAUCUCACUAAAUUAAAAUGAUAAAUUAAUUUAGAAAAAUCUUGUAAUGUACUUUUGUUACGUUAACAGUUUUAUAGGGAGUUCUUCAUAAAACUUAUCAUCAAGAUUCUUAAGUGAACUAUUAAAAUAUUAAAAAAGUGUAGAUGCGAUAUAAUACUCUUAGAAAAGCUAAAGGUUAGGGUACAAAAUCGGUUGGGAAAAAGUGCCGUAAAGAUAUGAUUAAAGUAUUGGCGCGUGAGCAGGACGAAACUAUAGUGGAUUGCGUUCGUUUGGUUGGUCAACAGUAUUUUCUAGUCCAAAACACGCGUACGAUCGCAUUUUGUUUUCUGUCUGUAAUUUUAUCACUUUAAUUAGUACAAUGAAUUUUUAAAUUGAUAUGAUGCUAAACUAACCUUGACUUAUGAGCUGUAUGUCUGUGUAUUUAGUAAUUUUAUGCUUAAAAUUAGUUCCUUUGCAAUGAUAAAUCACUAAGUUAUUCACGCACACAAUAAAUGUUUAUGUAGCUACCGCCGGUUUCCUAUAUUCAACUAACGAUUAACUAAACGUUUUACGUCACCCAUGGCUUUUAUUAAAUUAAAGCAUAAUAUAUGCCAUAAAUCACGUUGUAUGUGACGGCUAUUUAUCUUGCUGAUCUAUAGAUAUAAACCCCGACAAAUGCAUAUAAAAAUUCCAAAUUAAAAAGUACAACACGUAAACAACUCCGUUAGUUGAAUAUAUAAACUGAGCAAUGUUGUUUAUGUAAAACUUGGCCAAAAUAGACCAUGUUUAUGUGUAUAGAUUAAGCUAUUGACACUGAUUCGUGUAUAAUUACGAGAUGUAUAUUACUACGUUUCGUAGGGAUAUAGGAAUCAAUAAGUUUGGUAUAUUCACGCCUGUGUCUUCUAGGUGUUUUGCGAGUACCAAACUUAGAAACAAAACUUCUUAACAGUGUAUAACAAAAACCUGGUAUCUUAUACGAUUUAAAAAAAUAGGCGAACGAGGAUAGGGUACAGUCAUUUUUGUGUUUGUGUUGCCGAUCUGUGAUGGUGUAACUCUUACAGUAUACACUUCUAUAAGACUGCAAUCUAUUUAGUUUUCCGGAGCGCGAUUAGGAACCAUAUUCUUUUUUCUCUGAUUUUUCUCAUUGCAUUGUUCAGAUAUAAUUUUCAUUUUUUUACAUUUAACGUAAUAUCAUCAAAACAUGACAAUUAGAUCUGAAUUUGAUAAUUAUAAUACUGAAAUUAUAAUAAAAAACACUUAAAACUACUUCCGGUAAAAUAUUUUAUGUUUAUUUUCAGUUAAAUAUUAUAUUAUUAUAAGUUAAGCAUUAAUGUGACAAAGUUUCAACGCAAGCAAUUUGCAUGAUUUGUUACAGGUAAAAUUCGUAACUGGGUUUUUGUUAUACUCUGUUACAAACUAUAUUUUUUUAGAAUAGGACUAUAACGUAACUUUUAGAUAAAUUUUUGUAGACGAAAUCCGACCAUUUAAACAUUGUAUUCGACUGUACAAAAUCGUAGUGUUCACUUAGUUAAUACCGGAUUCUUAUAACUUACCGGUGGUCAAAAAUGUGUCCGUAAGUUGUCUGAAUCGUCCAUUAUUGUUCAUAUCAAAAUGAUUUUUAAGCAUUUCGUAUUAUAUGCAACAAAAACUACAUCUAAGUAAUACAAUUUUAAAUUAAAAAGUUAUUACAUAAAUCAAACUAUUGUAAUAAUCAGACAUCAUUAAAUUCUUAUUCAAAUAAGAAUUCUCAUCGAAGACAGGUGUUGCUUGCGUCAGCUAUUUAUGGAGCGUCGAUGUUUCAAUUGGUCAAACAAAGAUGUUUUAAUGGACAAUAUUGUCGUGAUGUGUAUGUUUCGGCUUUAGCAUAUAAUUUUAUUAUUUAAAUGAGUUUGACUUCCUGGUGGAUAGAAAAACGACGUCCUGUGUCAGUCCAGUUUCCACCAAACUGUUAAUUAUUUUAUUUUAUUUCAUAUUACGUAUACAAUAAAUAAAAUAAAUGACACAGUUACGAAAUGAAUAAAUAGGACGUAAAUUCUCAUAGUAAAUCUCUAUUGCUUAGAUGUAGUUUAGAGUUCUACAUCAAGACAAUUAAAAUCUGUAAACAUUUAGCGUAUCAUUAAAAUGUCCAAGAUCACAGACAAACUUUUGGUUAAAUGACUUUACGGGUUUUAAAAGUUAGGACGAAGUUUUAGAAUCAUCUUGUACUGUAGAUCUAUUAUUGUAAAAAUAAUUUUUUAUCUGCUUUUGUAAUAAACUUUCCUAA